AUGGGACUGUUGGUGUUUAUGCGUAACCUGCUGCUAGCCCUCUGCCUCUUUCUGGUACUGGGAUUUCUCUACUAUUCUGCCUGGAAGUUGCACCUUCUCAGAUGGGAGGAUUCAAAUUCAGUGGUUCUUUCCUUUGACUCCGUUGGACAUACAAUAGGCUCAGAAUAUGACAAACUGGGCUUUCUCCUGAACCUGGACUCAAAAUUGCCUCCAGAAUUGGCAUCAAAGUAUGCAAAUUUCUCUGAGGGAGCAUGCAAGCCUGGUUAUGCAUCAGCGCUCAUGACUGUCAUCUUCCCAAAAUUCUCGAAGCCGGCACCAAUGUUCUUGGAUGAUUCCUUCAGGAAAUGGGCACGUAUCAGGGACUUUGUACCCCCUUUUGGAAUUAAAGGACAAG